AUGUCUGACGAAAGGCAUAAUAUCUUUAAAGAAACUUAUAGUACUGCUCUAUCAUUUUCUGGUGAAUUAAAUUCACAACGUUUUUAUAAUAAAUUGGAUGGAUUGAUAACUUUUAGUGAAUACGCAGAAAAAUGUAAGCCAACAAAUGUCUCUAACUGGCGUAACGGAGUUAAAGACACCUGCGCUAAACUUUUAUAUUAUUUAAAAACUAAUGAAAUUUUAUAUAUACCAGAUGCCGAGUAUGACAUGUGCCCACUUUUAAAUUACUGGGUAUAUAGCCAAUUAAAUAAGAUUUAUUCUGAUGAUUCUAAAUAUAUUAUACUAACAUAUUCGGAUAUUGUGCUUAUAUGGAAUAGUUUUAUUCAAGAUGAUUUAAAACAUUUGGAAAAUAAAAUAUGUAAACCUAUUAGUAAUAUUGGUAUUUAUGAUUGGGAAAAAAGAAAGGAAUUGUACGAAUACUAUGUAGAUUAUUAUCCAAUUGAACAGUCUCUUGAACGCCAUCCUCAAAGACACAAUGAAUUCUGUCAAUAUGUAGAAAGUAAAAAGGUACUCUAUGAACAUUUUAAGCAACCGUGUGCUUCAAAAAAUGAAAGUAGGUGCCCCCAAUUUUAUGCUGAAUGUAAAAAAUACGAUCCAGACGAAGUACUACCUACUCUUAAAUGUAAACAAUAUAAAAUAAAUGAAGGAGAUGUCGCUGCGCCUACUGUUCCACAAAGAGAAAACACACUUCCAAAUGGAGAAACUGAAUCAAGAGAAAUGUCAGCUGGAAUUGGUCUUGCCGGUAUUCCGAAUUUAAGUGGAAAAUCUCACACUAUAACGAAGGUUGGUGAUAUUCUUCUUGGAGUUGUUGCAACUUCUAUGGCAUCUGGCGUUUUAUAUAAAGUAAAUAUAAAUUCAGUGAUACAAAUCAAUUACAUAAUAUUGUUAAUAUCUUUCAUUACAUCUCCAUAA